AUGGCAGUGAUUAAAACACAGUAUGGUUUUGUGUUCUUCAUAAUUACUGUUUCAUUAAUUUCUUCUAAUAAUGGGGCUAUCAUUAGCGUGGAGUUGAUCCAUCGAGACUCACCAAAAUCUCCAUUGUACUCUUCUUCGCAAACCCCUUGGCAACGCAUAGCCAUGGCCCUGCAACGCUCCACCCACCGUAGUGCCAACCACUUCCACCACUACUUGACCAACAAGAAGAACACUACUACUACUUCUAGCAGCAGCAGUGCCCAAUCUGAGUUAUUCCCCAGCGGAGGAGAGUAUCUCAUUAACAUCUCCAUCGGCACACCACCUUUCCCAAUUCUCGCCAUUGCAGAUACCGGAAGCGAUCUCAUGUGGACUCAAUGCCAGCCCUGUCCCCAUUGCUUCAAGCAAAAGGGUCCUCUCUUUCAACCCAACUCUUCCUCAACCUUCCACCUUCUUUCCUGCAAAUCCGAACAGUGUAAGAACUUGGAUGAUGACGGGCCCUUCUGCAAUGCAGACUCCUCCUGCCGUUACACCUACUCCUAUGGAGACUCCUCUUACACAAGUGGAACCCUUGCCCUCGAAACUCUCACCUUCUCAGCUUCAUCUCCUGAUGAUAAUGAUCCUGUAUUGUCAUUUCCCAGCACCAUUUUUGGCUUCGGAUUCCAAAACGGAGGAGCUUUCAGCGGUCUCGAGUCGGGAAUCAUUGGACUCGUAGCUGGAAAACUCUCCCUCAUUUCUCAAAUGGGGUCUUCCAUAAAUGGCAAAUUUUCUUACUGCUUGGUGCCUGCAUCAUUAUCACCAUCACCACCACCACCACCAUCAUCUUCAAGCAAACUAUAUUUUGGUGGCUCAAGUUUUGUUCCAGGUACUCAAGUAUCGACUACUCCUUUACUAACAAACAUUGAUUUUCAAAGCUACUAUUACCUCGCACUUGAAGCUGUCAGUAUCGAGAAUGUGAAAUUUGAGUUGACGAAGAAAGGUGCUCAGGGAAACAUGAUCAUAGAUUCUGGGACCUUGUUAACGUAUUUACCUACCAAGUUAUACAAAGCGUUGGAAACCAUGAUGAGAAAGUCGAUAAAGAAUUUGGAGUUUGGUAAAGAUCCAAAUGGGUAUACGAGUCUGUGUUACAAGACCAAGUCGGAUGAUAUCGAUGCUCUUGGGUUCACUUUUCAUUUCGAGGACGGAGGAGAUGUGGAGUUGAAGAGUGUAAUAAACACGUUCCUUCGAGUUACAGAAGAUGUUUUAUGCUUUGCGUUUGCACCCACUGAUCUGUAUGAUCUUCUAAUCUUUGGUAAUGUGGCUCAGGCCAAUUUUCUGGUGCAGUAUGACUUGACUGGAAAGCUUCUAUCGUUUAAGCCUGUAAAAGAAAUUGGAAAUGCAGAGGAAAAGGAGGCCACUAACGUUCAGUACAGUGGUACUGAAUGA